AUGGAGAUGAUCCAUAUGCAACUGCCAUCAAAGAUCAAGAUAGUACUGGGUUUUGUUCUGAUCUUUAUUCGACACUCAUCAUCUCUAUCAAUAACCGUAGCCAAUAUCGAAUGCAUAUCUGAACAUGUACUGUAUGAAGAUGAUACUGUAUCUGGCAACUUUGUUGUUGCUGAUCGCGAUGUCUUCUGGAGCGCAGAUCAUCCGGGGAUUGACCUGACUGUAACAUCGCCAGCAGGAAACAUAGUGCAUUCUGUGAGGGGAUCAUCAGGGGACAAAUUUGAUUUCAGGGCCAAACAAAGUGGGAUUUACAAAUUCUGCUUCCACAACCCUUGGUCUAGUCCUGAGACUAUUUCCUUUUACAUCCAUAUUGGACAUAUUCCUAACGAGCAUGAUCUAGCUAGAGAUGAACAUAUGGAUCCUAUUAAUGUUAGGAUUGCUCAAUUGACAGAGGCAUUGGAAUCUGUUAUCACUGAACAAAAGUAUUUGAAAGCACGUGAUUCUCGCCAUCGUUAUACAAAUGAGAGCACCAGAAAAAGAGUAAUAAUGUACACAGUAGCAGAGUACGUGGUGUUGGCUGCAUCAAGUGGGCUUCAAAUUUUAUAUAUUCACCGCCUCUUUAGCAAAUCUUUUGCCUACAACAGAGUUUAG